AUUGGACUUGGCGUCAGUUGCUCACCACCCACAAAACGGAACGGAACAGAACGGAACGUCGCGUGAAGUGUAGUACACUUCGGCACUUUAUCACUAGCAAAAAAGCAAAACAUUCUAAACGCAAACGCGGCUGUGGAUACAGAUACAUUGCAAUCAUACUCUUUUUGCCCAUUUGCGUGCGCCACUCGAAUUGGGCCAAGUUAGAGACAUUUUCCAAGUUUGCAUUAUUGUAAUUAGGCUGUCCGACUGUCUGACGACUGGCUACAAUACAAAACGAAUAAAAAAUAAAACGCAGAAUAAUUGCGCUGGAAAUAUAAUGUGCGCGACUAAAAGCGCUAACGUAACGGCUAAAUAAUAGUAGAAAGUUUUUAUUGUUAUCUCUUCUUCUGAGCCGCAGCUGCCAAAAACCAAAUAACCAAAGCAAAAAGCGUUGAAGUUUUAGUUUUGCGUGUGAGGAGCACAAAAAAAGAAAUCCGUUUCGGCCGCAUCUCUAUAACAUUUAUGUGUUUUUGUGUGCUUAGCUUACAAAAUUGGCAACGUUUAGACGCCGCUCAGUCAACAAAUCCAAAUAAAUAAGAAACGGCAUUGGAACAAAAUACAAACAAAAACACCAAAAUGUCCGGCCCAAUGCCCGAAAUCAGCGAGGAGCAACGUGCGACGUUGGAGCAGUUUCGCAAGCAAAUGGACGAUGCUCUGGUGGGAACCCACGAUGACUAUUUCCUGGUGCGGUGGCUUAGAGCUCGAAAAUGGAAUCUGGAAGCGGCGGAGAAAAUGCUGAGAGCUAGCUUGAAGACCCGCGCCAUGUGGAAUGUGGACAACAUUGAGAAGUGGGAUCCGCCCAAGGCACUGCAGGAAUAUUUACCCUAUGGCCUCAUGGGCUACGACAACGAAGGAUCACCAGUGUUGGUUUGCCCCUUUGCCAACUUCGACAUGUGGGGCAUGAUGCACUGCGUAACGCGAUUCGAGUUCCAAAAGUACCUGGUAAUGCUGAUCGAGCGCUUCAUGAAGAUCGCCUACGAUCAGAGUUUGAAACACGGCUGGCGUGCCCGCCAGCUGGUCGUAUUUUUCGACAUGCAGGACGUGAAUCUGAAGCAGUACGCCUGGCGACCGGCGGCUGAGUGCGUGAUCUCCACGGUGAAACAGUACGAGGCUAACUUCCCGGAGCUGCUCAAGAUGUGCUACAUCAUCAAUGCGCCCAAACUCUUCUCGGUGGCCUUCAAUAUUGUGAAGAAGUUCCUCGACGAGAACACCACCAGCAAGAUCGUGAUCUACAAGUCCGGCGUAGAUCGGUGGCAGCAGCAGCUCUUCUCGCACGUCAACCGCAAGGCGUUCCCGAAGGCCUGGGGCGGCGAGAUGGUGGACCGAAACGGGGAUCCCCAGUGCAAGGCACUGAUGAUCUGGGGCGGCAAGCUGCCGGAGGAGCUGUACAUCGACCAGAGUAGCCAGCAAAGCGACAGGGACUUUGUGGAGACGCAGGUGCCCAAGGGCGACAAACUGAAGUUGCAAUUCAGGGUCGCCUUGGAGGAGCAGAAGAUCCUGUCCUGGGAGUUCCGCACCUUCGACUAUGACAUCAAGUUUGGCAUCUACAGCGUGGACGAGAAGACGGGCGAGAAGCGCAGCGAGGUGGCACUGGGAACAGUGUACUCCAACGAGAUGGACGAAGUAGGCUACAUCUCCACACGGCCCAACACCACUUACACGGUGGUCUUCGACAACUCCGCCAGCUAUCUGCGCAGCAAGAAGCUGCGUUAUUGGGUGGACCUGAUCUCCGACGAGGAGGAGGGCAUCUCCGAGCUGACCAGCCAAAUGGACAACACUCAGAUUGCGAGCCAGCAGUGAUGGGAAUGCAACACUCUGGGAGCCAAACCAAGCCAAAAACCAAUGGGAGUAGAUAGAUUAUUUAGAUAGACGACAACACAAACUAACCUCGGUGCAAUAAAGUCACAAAGUCACAUUUGCCAGGCACCUGGCGAAUCUGCAAUCGAACCAUGUGAUAGAAACAAAUUAGCAAAGGAACACAAACGUAUGACUCACAGCUACUUCAAUUAAUGUUAGUCUUUUUAUUACAUACCUAGCCGCCUUGUUUAGUUAACAAUUUGUAUUUUCGGAUGUGUAAUUCGUGUUUUCAUACCCAUGUAUUCAGGG